CUUCUUUAUCUUACUUGUUCUGUUUUUACUUUAGUUAUUUAUUAAGCUACGUCCUCUCUAAUCAUGCUUGUGUGGAGAGUUUUUGUUGUUUCGCUCGUGGUGGAAUCGCUCCUUUUACUCUGCCACUCGACCGUCGCUCAGCAACACCACAUUGUUUACUCCAGGGAUCAGCUGAUGGAGCUGAAGCCGGCCGGCUUGGCUACGGUGAGGGAGGAUAUACCUGCUGAACUUUGGAGGAAAACACACCGGGGUUGCAGAGGGAAAAGAUCGCUACGGCGGCGGAAAGGAGCGAAACACCGGAGACUUAUGGAGAGGAAGACAUUGAAGCCGUGUCUCCCAUCUAUCAUCAUGGGCAACGUGAGAUCACUGGGGAAUAAGAUGGACGAGCUUACAGCGCUAACCCGGAGUCAUCAGGAAUACCGGGAGUGUAGCCUGAUGAUUUUCUCGGAGUCAUGGCUACACACGGAUGUUCCUGACCACAAUGUUUCCACCGUGGGUUUCCACACUGUCCGGGCUGACAGGGACUGCACUAAGAGCGGUAAGCGUAAAGGAGGUGGGCUUGCUGUUUACGUGAACAACAGGUGGUGCAAUCCUGGUCACAUCACAGUCAAAGACCGCAUCUGCAGCCCGGAUAUUGAACUGUUAGCUGUGGGCCUCCGUCCUUACUAUUUACCCCGUGAAUUCUCACAUGCUAUUGUAGUGGCACUGCAGGGCUGUUUUGAGGUGACUGACUGGAAUGUACUCUGUGAGCCACAUGGAGAGGACAUUGAUGGGCUUACUGAGUGCAUUACAGACUACAUUAAUUUCUGUGUGGACGGCAUUGUCCCAGCAAGGACUGUGCGGUGUUACCCAAAUAACAAGCCUUGGGUAACAAAGGACAUCAAAGCCAUACUCAACCUGAAGAAGAGGGCUUUCAGAGGUGGCAACAGGGAGGAGCUGAGGGACAUUCAGAGGGAGCUGAGUGCAAAGAUCAAUGAGGCUAAGGACGGCUACAGGAGGAAGCUGGAGAGGAAACUCCAGCUGAAUAACAUGAGCGAGGUCUGGAGUGGUAUGAGGACCAUCACCGGUUACAGACCAACUAGCAGUGGAGCUGAUGGUAGUGUGGCUAGGGCCAAUGAGUUAAAUCUGUUCUUCAAUAGGUUUGACACUGCUGCCCUGGCCCCUGUUGGCUCUCCUGCUGACUGUCUCCAGCCACCACCACUUCUGACCCCCCCUCCUCCUCCUGAUAGCACCUCAUCCAACUUGGUGAGCCCCUCACACCCAUCCCCCACUCCUCACACCUCCUCUGGCUCCCAUGCUACCUGCCCUCCUCUCACUUUGGACUCCAACUCUCCCCCUCCUCAACCUGCACUCUUUACACCUCUACAUGUUAGGAGACAGCUGAGCAAACUCCCCGCCGGUAAGGCUGCAGGCCCUGAUGGUGUCAGCCCACGGGUUCUCAGAGCCUGCGCCGAACAGCUCUGUGGAGUGCUUCAUCGUGUCUUCAAAAUGAGCCUGAGCCUCCAGAGGGUCCCUGUGAUAUGGAAGACGUCCUGCCUCGUUCCAGUGCCAAAGAUGCCGCAACCCAGCGGUCUCUCGGACUACCGACCGGUGGCACUGACGUCACAUAUCAUGAAGACCCUGGAGAGACUUGUCCUGGAGCAGCUCAGGCCUAUGGUCAGGCCGCACCUGGAUCCCCUCCAGUUCGCCUACCAGCCCCGGAUUGGAGUUGAGGAUGCCCUCAUUUACCUGCUGAACCGCAUCUACGCCCACCUGGACAAGCCGGGGAGCACUGUGAGGGUCACGUUCUUUGACUUCUCCAGUGCUUUCAAUACCAUCAGGCCUGCUCUACUGGGUGACAAGCUGACGGCGAUGCUGGUGAAUCCCCCCCUUGUGUCCUGGAUUGUGGAUUACCUCACUGGCCGACCACAGUACGUGCGCUUGCGGCACUGUGUGUCAGACACAGUGGUCAGCAAUACCGGGGCUCCACAAGUUGGAUGUAUCAGCAAGGGUGAGGAGGCUGAAUACAGGGCUGUGGUGAAUAACUUUGUCUCAUGGUGUGAGCUGAACCACCUGCAGCUCAACACAACAAAGACAAAAGAGCUGGUGGUGGAUCUGAGGAGAACGAGGACACCAGUGACCCCAGUUUCCAUCCUGGGGCAUAACGUGGACAUUGUAGAACACUACAAGCUGUCAUCAUCGUGCAGCAACAGGUGGCAUGUUGUCAUGUUUAUCAACCAGCUACAGCAGCUCGAUGUGAGUGACCAUCGGCUUCAGUACCGAGACAAUGUCCUAUGA